ACUGCUUAAUGUGGGAUGUUUUUACCCUGCAAGUGUAUUUAAAAAAGGGUUUAAAGGUUAGCUGAGCUAAUAGACACAGACUAAGGUCAGAAGAUCAUCUCUGAAGAGCGGUACAGUAAAUUUUGGACAAAACCUAAAAGACAAUCCUAAAAAUGAGUCAGGUAAAAAAGAUAAUUAAGAGGAUGAAGGUGAAAAACGAACUGAUGCGGCAGAUUAUGGGAGAGCUCUUAGGCACCUUUGUACUUCUGCUGUUUGGCUGUGCUGCAGCUGCUCAGGUGAAAACCAGCAGGGAAACUAAGGGACAGUUUCUGUCUGUAAACAUGGCUUUCUCUGUAGGGGUCAUGUCUGCCAUGUACCUCAGCAGGGCAGUAUCAGGAGCUCAUCUAAACCCAGCUGUGUCUCUUAGUUUCUGUGUCUUGGGAGACCUAGCCUGGAUAAAGCUGCUACCUUAUUCUCUGGCUCAAAUACUGGGGGCUUACCUCGCCUCUGGACUUGUGUAUCUCAUCUACCAUGAUGCGAUCAUGGAGUUCAGUGGUGGAGUUCUGACUGUAUUUGGUCCUAAUGAAACAGCCAGUAUCUUUGCCACCUACCCAACUGAUGUGGUGUCAAUGCAGACCAACUUCCUCGAUCAGGUGGUCGGCACAGCCAUGCUAAUGUUAUGCAUUCUACCUCUGAACGAUAAGAGAAAUGCUCCUGCUCCUGAAGCGCUGCUCCCUCCAAUUGUAGCAACUGUUGUCCUAGGGAUUUCCAUGUCAAUGUCGGCUAACUGUGGAGCUGCCAUAAACCCUGCCCGUGACCUUGGUCCACGACUCUUCACCUUCACAGCAGGCUGGGGCAUCGAAGUCUUCACGUGCUAUGAUUACUUCUUCUGGAUUCCAUUAGUGGCUCCUAUGGUGGGGGGCGUGCUGGGGUCCAUGAUUUAUCUGGUCUUCAUUCAGUGGCAUCUGCCUGAGCCUGAGGAUGAAUCUGAGUCUGAGGGGUUUAAUGAACAAACAAAGGUCACUGAGCACAACAACAAAAAGGACGAGUUUUUCCAUAAAAUGUCUUCACUUUAAAGACCUGGGGACUGCUGAAUCUCUCUUCUCCAUAUUAUUUCCAGAUACAUUAUUUGUUUUAUACUGUAAAUAAAAAAAUGGUAAAAGGCUAAAAAAAAAAUGAAAGAAAACAUACUCAAGGUGGCCUCUUAAAUCUUUCACAGAAGAGCAAAAGCCUUGAUAUUCCAAAUGUUAUUUAUUAUUUCAACUCACUUUCAUCCCUUCUGAAGUAUUAAACUGUGACUUACAUUCAACCACACAAAGAAAAUUCA